GCAUGAGCUGGCAUAAUGAUGGUCACAUAAACCCACCAACAAUUCAACAACCUAUGGACGCGACGGCGGAGCCACCACUACCACCGUCACCGGCUUCGCCGGAAAAUGACGUCGUACUGUCCCCUCAAAACCCUAUCCUCCUCGAUCUCCAAAACUCCUCGGAAGACCAAGAGUCCUCUCUCCCAACCCAAACGACACCAGAACUCGCCGUUUUGGACUCACCGGACUACUCCUCCGAACAGCAAAACCCUAUCACCGCCCAACCCGACCCGAACCCGGCUGGCCCGCCAGUUCGAAAACGCCGUCGUCGGAAGAAAUUCUUCACCGAACUCAACACGACGGCGUCGCUGGCCAAAAACCGCCGCAACGAGGUGGCGAAAGACUGCGACGUGGAAGCCCUAAUCGCGAUCUCUGUUGGGUUCCCGGUGGAUUCACUGACGGAGGAAGAGAUCGAAGAGAGUGUGGUGUCCACAAUAGGAGGAUCAGAACAAUCGAACUACAUCGUGGUUCGCAACCACAUCUUGUCCCGGUGGCGGUCCAACGUUUCGGCCUGGUUGACCCGGGACCAGGCCCUCCGGUCCAUCCGGUCCGAGCACAAGGGUUUGGUUGAAUCGGCUUACCGGUUCCUCCUGGAUCAUGGGUACAUCAAUUUCGGGCUCGCGGCAGAGAUCAAGGCAGCGAAGUCGCAGUCUUUCGAUGGUUGCGAAAGGGGAACGGUGGUGGUUGUGGGUGCUGGCCUUGCGGGUUUGGUUGCCGCUAGACAACUGGUGUUUUUAGGGUUUAAAGUUGUGAUCUUGGAGGGUAGGACCCGACCCGGUGGACGGGUCAAGACGAAGAAGAUGAUGGGUGGUGGUGUUGAGGCUGCAGCGGAUUUCGGUGGAAGUGUCCUCACUGGAAUCAAUGGGAACCCUCUUGGGGUUCUUGCAAGGCAAUUGGGUUUGCCACUUCAUAAGGUUAGGGAUAUUUGCCCUCUGUAUAUGCCUGAUGGGAAAUGUGUUGAUUCUGAGAUUGAUUCUAGGGUUGAGGUUUCUUUUAAUAAGUUAUUGGAGAGGGUUUGUAAGCUUAGGCAGGCCAUGAUUGAGGAGGUUAAGUCCGUGGAUGUUCCGUUAGGGACCGCGCUGGAGGGUUUCCGGCGGGUUUAUAAGGUUGCUGAGGAUAAGGAAGAGAGGAUGCUGUUGAAUUGGCAUCUUGCCAAUUUGGAGUAUGCAAAUGCUACUCUGAUGUCUAACUUAUCAAUGGCUUAUUGGGAUCAGGAUGAUCCUUAUGAGAUGGGUGGUGAUCAUUGUUUUAUUCCUGGUGGGAAUGAGAUAUUUGUUCGUGCCCUGGCGGAGGACCUUCCCAUUUUCUAUGGGAGGACUGUGGAGUGCAUCAAGUACGGGACUGAUGGGGUGAUGGUUUACGCUGGUGGGCAGGAGUUCCGGGGGGAUAUGGUGCUUUGUACCGUGCCGUUGGGUGUGCUUAAGAAGGGAUCUAUUGAAUUUGUACCUGAACUUCCUCAGAGAAAGAAAGAUGCAAUUCAUAGGUUGGGGUUUGGGUUGCUGAAUAAGGUUGCAAUGCUAUUUCCAUAUAAUUUCUGGGGUGGGAACAUUGAUACGUUUGGUCAUUUGACUGAGGAUUUGAGUAUGAGGGGCGAGUUUUUUCUGUUCUAUAGCUAUUCUUCUGUGUCUGGAGGCCCGCUUCUGGUUGCCCUUGUUGCUGGGGAGGCUGCAAUUAGGUUUGAGAUGAUGUCGCCGGUUGAGUCUGUCAAAAGGGUGUUGGAUAUUCUAAGGGAUAUUUUUCAUCCAAAGGGAAUUGUUGUUCCGGAUCCUGUACAGGCAGUCUGUACUCGGUGGGGAAAGGAUUACUUUGCAUAUGGAUCUUACUCUUACGUUGCUGUUGGAUCUUCGGGAGAUGAUUAUGAUAUUCUUGCUGAGUGUGUUGGAGAUGGGAGAGUGUUCUUUGCUGGAGAGGCAACUAGCAAACAGUAUCCUGCAACAAUGCACGGAGCAUUUCUUAGUGGAAUGAGAGAGGCUGCAAACAUUUUGAGAGUGGCAAGGAGAAGGACUUUGAUGCCUGUUGACACAACAAGAAAUAUCACCCAGGAGAAUGAUGAUGUGAACAAAUUAUUUGAGAAACCUGACCUGACAUUUGGUAGCUUCUCUGCUUUGUUUAAUCCGAAGCUGAAUGAUCUUGAUUCUAGCUCAUUACUAAGGGUUAAAAUUGGAGGAGCUGUCUUGGACUCUGGUAGUCUUUAUCUUUAUGCCUUAGUUUCAAAGAAGCAGGUCAUUGAGUUGGGUCAGGUGGAGGGGGACGAGAACAGGAUGAGGAUGUUAAACCGCAAUUUUGGGGUGAGUUUGGUUGGGAGGAAAGGUUUAAGUAGUAGUGCUGCUGAAUCUCUUAUUACCAACAUAAAAUUGUCUAGACCCAACCUUAAUGAAGUGGAAAAUGUUCUUGUGCACGGUAGGAAUGUUCCUAGUAGCGUCAUGGAGAGUUGAACACUGAUAAUUUCUGUUAGAUCUAAUUAGUUUCUGACCAUUUUCCCCCCUUAUUGGUUGGCCAUUUUCCCCAAUGAUGUUACAGAAUCAACGAAUUUAUCACUGCCUUCUAUAGAUUUUAGGAAACAUGCCUCUUUUACAUUGUAACAUGUGGUCGCAGACAUUUUAACGUGGACGCGUUAAGAUGCUCCAUUAGCAAGCUUUGCGAAGCGAAUGCCUUCUCGCUGUUUACAUGCCAGUUUUAUAGUUGUUGUGACGUGUACUUAUUUUUUAGCCAGGCUUGUAAUAAAUUAACGAGUAAAUACUCUUUUUGGUCCUCGAUCAAAUUUUACAAUGUCCACU